AUGAAGAAUAAAUCAACCAAUCAGGGGAGAUUUGAUAUAAAAUCCACUGUGGUGGUGUACAGAGAGAGGGGAGUGAUCACUGUGCAGUCAGCUGUGUACAGAUGUGCAGAUACACAAACCUGCUCUCAGACUGGCACUCAGGACAUCAAGAACAGCUGUGAUGGGAGAAAAGUGUGUGACAUAAAUAUGAACAUCAUCAGUACUUCUGAUCCCAGCGUCUGCACGUACCUGGACACCACCUUCAACUGCGUCCCAGAGAGUGAAGGACAGAUUAUAGUCGUCUACUGGGCUAAUUUUGGUCGUCGUGACAACACCACGUGCCCUGAUGGACGUCCUGACUCUCAGCUCCAAAAUGUUCACUGUUCAAGUCCCAAUAGUACAGAAUAUGUAACUAACAGGUGUAACUGGCAGAACAGCUGUACUGUUGGAGCAUCAAACACAGUGUUUGGAGACCCCUGUGGUGGCACCUACAAGUACCUGGAGGUGGUUUAUGACUGUCAGGCUCCUUCCUGCCCUCCUGGUUGGACUUGGUUUGGAGGUCGCUGUUUCAUCUUUGACAGCAGCAAGAAGAUCUGGACUGAUGCUGAGAGUUCCUGUGAGACACUCAGUGGACAUCUGGCCUCAUUCCACAGCACAGCUGAGUACACCUUCAUCAGAGAGCUCACUCACACAGCAGCAGGGCCAAAUAAACGAACUUGGGUUGGAGGCAGAGAGAAUGUAAGUGAAACUGUGUGGAUGUGGAGUGAUGGUUCCCAGUUUGACUUCAUAAUCUGGGGCAGUGAACAACCUGACAACUCUGGAGGAGAAGAAGAUUGUAUGGAGAUAAACCAUGAAGGAGGAGAUCCCAAUGAUGCACCGUGUGACGACAACAAAGCUUUUGUUUGUGUCAGAGAUCCAUAACUGCUCCUUGGUGUCCUGACAA